AUGGACCCGCAUAAGUCCAAGGACGACUACCCGCCGCAUGCGAUUACGCCACAAUACACGGCCGAGGAGGGGGCUGUGGGCGCCAGCGCCGUGCUCAACGCAUCGGGCCACACACAGGAGCUCGAGCGCAACUUCAGUCUGUGGAGCGCGGCCUCGGUCGGCAUCUGCACGGGCAAUACCUGGGUAGCCCUGGGCGGCAGCAUUGUUAUCUCCUUGUAUAACGGCGGUCCGCCCGGUGUCAUCUACGAGCUGUUUGCCGCCUGGUUCUUCUACUCUCUCCUGGCUGCCUGCAUAGCCGAACUGGUCUCGGCGAUCCCGUCUAGUGCCGGCGUCUACCACUGGGCGUCCGUCACCCCUGGCCGCAAAUAUGGCCGAGUCGUUGGAUAUUUCGCCGGUUGGUGGAAUGCCUUCGCCUACAUCUUCGCCGCCGCCUCGAUGAGCGCCAUCACGGCCAACCUGAUCCUGGGCAUGUACGGUCUGUUCCAUCCCGACUAUGUUUGGCAGCGUUGGCACACCUUCGUGACCUACCUCAUUGCCACAUGGUGCUGCUGCGCCGCAGUCCUCUUCGCGAACCGGGCCCUCCCCCUCGUCAACCAGAUCGGCCUCUUCCUCAUCGUGGCAGGAUGCUUCGUGACCGUCCUCGUCUGCGCCAUAAUGCCUGGCACGUCCGGCAGCGGAUACGCGUCCAACUCUUUCGUGUGGCGGGAUUUUCUGAACCAGACGGGCUACUCGUCUGACGGCUUCGCGUUCCUGGCCGGCAUGCUGAACGCUUCGUACGCCGUGGGCGUGCCGGACUGCGUCGCGCACUUGGCCGAGGAGAUUCCCAAGCCUCGUAGCAACGUGCCGAAGGCCAUCGCCAUGCAGCAGCUGGUCGGCCUCUUCACCGCCUUCAUCUAUCUCAUCGCCAUCUUCUACAGCAUCCAGGACUUCGACGCGCUGCUGGCCAGCACGUAUACAGUGCCGUUGGCUGAGCUCUACCUGCAAGCGACGUCCUCGCGUGCCGGCGCCCUUGGGCUGUUGAUCAUCGUGCUGCUGCCAACCAUCUGCACCCUUGUCGGCAUCUACAUCACUGCCGGCCGCAUGCUGUGGACUCUGGCCCGCGAGGGCGCGACGCCCUUCCCCGGCAUGCUCGGCCGCAUCUCUCCGAAGUACAAGAACCCGUUUAAUGCGACGCUGGCUUGCGGCCUCAUCGCCACUGCCAUGGGCGCCAUCUAUGUCGGCUCCACAACGGCCUUCAACGCUUUCGUCGGCUCCUUCGUUGUGCUGCUCUCACUGUCCUUCCUCGCCGCCAUCCUGCCGCACCUCCUGACUCGCCGCCGCAACGUCGUGCCCGGCCCCUUCUGGAUGCCGGACUGGGUGGCGUACACGGUCGGCAGCAUUGGAUGUGCGUACAUUUGCGCCUUCGUGGUCAUCUACUGCUUCCCAUACGGAAUCCCGUUUGAUGCUGCGAGCAUGAACUACUCGUGUGUGAUCACGGGCGGGAUCACGAUAUUCAUGGGUGGGUGGUGGUUCUGGAUCAGGGGGAGGGGGUACAUUGGGCCUCAACCGCUGGUUGAAGAGGAUGGUACAACGACUGCGGGGCAUCAUGUCAAGAUCAGUAAUGAUGAAGUAUAG